AUAAAUAAACUGAACUCCUUGUAGAGUAGUGCAUAAGCAUAGCAUAAUAUUUUUAGAUGUAGAAAUCAAAGGUGUCAUCUGAAUAAUUAUUAGAAAAAUAAUCACUGAUCGUGUACAUUUAAGGUUAGAGUAGUGCGAUCUAAUAUGCAGAACAACCCCCAGGAGCUUUCAUGGCAGGCGAUUCAGGCUAUCGUCGGGGUUAAACUUCCACCAAAUGUACUACGGUUUGAUGAUAUCGGAUUCCAUUUAGUUAAUAAUACAGCUUCAAGCGCAGAAGACUCCGAUUCGGAUGUAGAAAUAGUUGAAAAUGGAUGGGAGUCUGAUAAUAAUGUGUCCUCCAGACCCGAUCAUUCUGACAACGAAAAAACUACGUCGCCAGAUAGGGAGCAGAGUGAGUCGCCUGUUUUACGUCUCGUAGAGCCUGAUAACAAUAAUUCAGGUAAAGAGACAUUAGAUUACAGAGAUUAUAUGGAGAAAAUGGAUACGAAAGAUAUUUCACCAAAGGAUCAUAUGACACAGAUCCAAAUCGACGAUGCUGAUAGCUCUAACGGGAAUGUUAUGUCUAUUGAAAACUACUUGGAAGUCACUUUGUCAACUGAUUCUGAGGCUAGUCAUACUUGCAACCAAUGUAACCAAAUAUUUACUAAUGAGAAUUCACUUGCCUCACAUAAAUGCAGUGCUAAACCCACCGAAGAAAAGAAGUACCCCUGUCAUGUUUGCUCAGAGAAAUUUCCAAGUUACUGGGAUCUUAGGAAACACCUAAGUAGCCAUUUCCCUGGAAUGUUGGAAUCCAAGUCAAGCUUUUGUCAUCUCUGUCAAAAAGACUACACUAAAACAGGAUUCAUGAAUCAUUUACGCAAACACACAGGUGAGCGACCAUUUGUCUGUGAACUCUGCCACAAGGCAUUCUCACAAUCAAGUUCACUGUCAAUACAUAUGAAAUUCCACCUCAAUGUGCGUAAACAUGCUUGUACGGUAUGUGAAAAGAAAUUUGUUACUAAAAGUGAAUUAUCUCGUCACAUGACUGUGCACACCAAGCAGAAGUCCUACUACUGUGGUGUGUGUGACAAAGCAUUCACUCGCUCUGAUAAUAUGAAGAAACAUGAGAAGACUCAUGGGUAAAUGCUUUUGACAGAACUGAAUGAGAAUAUAGUACUGUGAACAAUGUCAUAAUAUAACAUGCAAUUCAAUUGCAUUUUAAAUAACAAAAUUGUCAAAGUUAAUUGUAUCUGGUCAAUUCUGUUGCCAAAAACUGUGGUAUAAUACUUUUCAACUAGCUAUGAUUUCUGAUUCUCUUAUUGCCAAAAAAUUAGUUGUAUGUUUAUUACGAAUAGAACUUUUACAUUGUUUAUACUAAAUUUAAACCUAUCAUGAUCUAGUUCAUAUUUUAGUCAUUAUGGUGUGUUUCUGUGUUUAAGUGAGUGUUAACACACUCAUGUGUGCUGCUGUAAUUGCUUUCUAGAUUUUUUUAUUUAUAUGAUUUUCAACUGCAUGUUUGGGUAAUAUUAGGAAUUUAGUAAAAUGUCUUUGCAGGUGCUUUACAAUAAGGUCACACAUAUCUCAAUCCAAUGUUGCCUUUUAGAUAUGAUAAAAUGAUAUUUUAAUAUUUAUAUAGGUUGAAUGUCCAAAGGUCCCGAUAGCCUUAUUGUAAUGUUUACAUUAGAUAGAGGGAAGAUGUUUGUUAUAAAAUAUGGGGCCUAUUCAAAAAUAAGUCACAAAUAAGAUAUAUAUUUUUGUAAACCUUAUACUAUAAGGUACUGAACUACCAGUUAAUGUGAACUUUGCCAAAUUUUAGAUAAGUAUUUCAAGUGAUUUAUUAUUGUACUGUGUUGUAACCAAAGCAAUAACAUUUUUAAUGUGCCUAUUCUUUAUAAUAAUUAUUAUAAUUACGAGUAUGUAUACCAAAUAAUUUAAAUAUUAGUGUUAAUAGUUGUAAUAAAUUAAAAAUCAGAGGUAACUAGUAAGUUACUGUUUCCAUGAGUGGAUAAUAAAGAGGAACACAAUAUUUCCUUCUUGAUGGUCUCCUAAAAUUUGUUAGUUAAGACAUUGAACAAGUAUAAUUAUAUAUUAGUUAAGGUUUUAUACAAUGAGGUCUUGAUUAAACAUCACAAAUGUUUAACAGUGCACAUAUUUAUUUGUUACUGUUAAGGAACAUUAGUAAAUUAGUAUAAACUAUUUUAUAUGCAAGGGAAUGUGUCCCUCUGCUGUAAGACUUUUAGAACCAAAAUAAGCAACUAAAAUCCCAAAGAUAAUGUAUUUUCAUAUUUUAUUCUUAAUUGGCUAUAAAACCAAAGGCUAAAUUAUUAACUUGUUUGUGCCACUUGGAUUUCAUAAUCUGGUUGUAAUAUAAUGCCUUAAAAUAUUGUCUAGAUUUAUCAAAUCUAUAAUAUGGACAAUAAUCAUAUUUUAAUAUAUUUAUUAUAUUUAAUUUUAGAUGUUUAACUUUGCAUGAUAUGUUUGUAGAUUUAAGAAAUUGAUAUUGAGCCAAAUGAAAUAAAAACGCAAAAAUCUACAAGACUGACGAUAAUAUUCAGAGUAGGUAUAACUCGUGCACAAAAACAAUUAUUUAUUCAUACUGUUUAUUGCAAUGUACUAUUUAUCAAAAAUGCACCUUGUUAAAACUCAUCAUGACAAUUAGAAUAAGAUCCGUUUGAUUAUAAAUUUAAAAUAUUUUAUGGAAAUGUGUAAUAAUAAUUGCGAUUUUAUUAAAGAGUUGUUUGUUGCAAA